CACCCCGCUCCCUCCUUUGACGAAGGGGCGAAUCCGUGCCAUGUUUUCGACGCAGCUCGGCGUGCUCGGUCGCUCGACGAUUCCACAGCGCGCCUUGGAAUUCGUGGGCCAGGAGAGGAGGAGGAGGACGUCAGAACUGAGAACUCCACUUCGACUGCAGGUUACUUGUGCCAGACCAGAGCAGAGAGGUGAACUCGCCACGGUGGGUCCUCCCCACCGUCAGAUCCAAUUCGUAGGCGGUGGAUUUUGUCGCGGAAUCACGGCGUCGCCAUGUGUUUAGAAUCCAAAGCUGGAUUUGAUCGAGUAAUCCGGUCGGCACCUUCGUUCGUUCUCGCUUUGGUUUGGGGAUGGCAAAGAUAAAAUUGGGCGCUUUCAUCUUCUUCUUUCCUUUUCCUGUGUCAUCUUCCUCUGUCUGACUUGAACAUUUCUUUCUUGAUCCUUCCUUCGGUCUUCUUUGGGCGGCUCCUCGUUUCCCCGGUCUUCUGCGAUCGCUAUCCGCAUCUACAUUGGCAGUUCUCGACGCAUCCGGGAGCACCACUCCGCCUCUGUUUCUCUCUCCAUAUAAACGAAAGAGGAAGAUCCGUGUAGCCAUGGCGGCCAACAAGUUCGCGACCGUCUUGCACAGGAACGGCAACAAGAUAGCGGUGGUACUCGCGUACGCCGUCCUGGAAUGGACCCUCAUCCUGCUGCUCCUGCUCAACGGGCUCUUCGCCUACCUCAUCGCCCGGUUCGCGGACUUCUUCGGCCUCAAGCCCCCCUGCGUCUUCUGCUCCCGGGUGGACCACCACUUCGAGCACCGGGCCGAUGGUCGCGGACGCCGCCAGCGUGGCGCCUGCCGCGACCUACUCUGCGACGAGCACGCCGCCGAGGUCGCAGGGAUGGGUUACUGCGCCCGCCAUCAGCGGCUGGCGGAGGCCGGGGAUAUGUGCGAGGACUGCUGCCCGUCGUCGUCGCGGCCCGUGGAGGCCGCGGUACUGUCUUGGAUGAAGCGGAGCGAGGAGGGGGCGAAGGAUCUGCGGUGCUCGUGCUGCGACGUCGUCAUCGAGAGCGGAUUCUACUCGCCCUACCUCUUCUUCAAGCCUUAUUGGGACGUGUCGGAGAAUGACCAGAAGGGGAAUUCGGUUGAGGAGAUUGCGGUGGGCGAUCGCGAGGAGGGUUUCGAGGAAGACGCCAUCUUUGGUCGAGAAAAGGUGAAAAAGUGGGAGUUGGUACCUCCAGAUCCAUCUGAUCGAUGCCAUGAAAAGGAGGAGGAUGAUGAAGAAGAGAAGGUGGGAAGAAAGGAGGCAACGUGCGCUGCCGAUUCAGAGAGGGCGGCGGAGGAACAAGAAGAAGAAGAGGCCCUCAUCCAAUUCUCCGACGCCUGCUGUUUGGUAGACGACCCUUCCUUUGAAGUCCUCACUCGGCGUCUGGGAAACAUAUGCGAUGACGAUGAGGAACGGUUGGUUCCGGUACAGCUGAUCGACUCUGCAACCAUGACUAAGAGCCCUGCUUCGUUUGUGCUCAGUAAACAACGCCAGCAAGAGCUUGGGCUUGUUGGAGGGGAAAAAGAUGGCGGGGUAGUCGACAUCGGAAGCAUCGCAGAGGAGAGGAAACCGGUGGCUUUCGCUGCAGAGAGGACUGAUGCCAUGGCUCUUGAUAUCGGGAGCAUUACAGAGAAAAAUGGAUUGGAUUCUUUUACAAAGAUGGCUGAUAUUGUUGAAGUGAAUCCUUUGGGGAAUGUUGGAGCUGUGCAAGAAGCAAAAGUUCUUGAUGUUGGAUGCGUUAUGGAAGAGGUGAAACCAUUGGCCUCAGAUGCAGGGAGCGAUGAUAUCUUUGGAGAGAAUUGUUCUGUUGAUGUUGCAGCAGACCAACAUGCUGAUGAUGUUGACAUGAGAAGCAUGGCGACAGAGGUCUCUGCCGGAGAAGCAGCUGAUACUGUUACGGAUAAUUCUUCCGACAUACACGAAGCUCAACAAUGUGCCAUGACUGUUGAUGAAAGAAGCAUAUCAGAGGAAAAGGCAUUGCCCUCUUCUAAACAGAAAGCUGAUACAAUUGAAGAGAGUUCUUCUGAGAUGGAUGGAGCCCAACAACUCACCAUAUCAGGAGAGGAAAAGGCAUUGGCCUCUCCCGAAGAGAGGGCUGAUACCAUUGUAGAGAAUUUUUCUGAGAUGAAUGGAGUUCAACAAUGUGAAAUCACUCUUGAUACAGGGAGCGUCUUAGAAGAUGAAAAGAUACCAUUGUCUAGGAUGGAAGGGGAUGAUAUCGUCAAACAGAAUUCCAUAUAUCUUCAUGCUUCAUCUGAUCAUCAAACCAUUGCUCCUCAAGCAACAUCAGUUAGAUCACUUGAAGAUGUUGUUCAAGUGGAAUCAUUAAGGAGCGCGGAAGAUCUUCCUGAAACAAAAGAUUUUGAAGAAGACAACAAAUUGAUCGAUGUGGACACUGGUUGUGGAAUAUCUACAGGAAGUGAGAUAUGCAACCAGGAAAACAGUGAUCAUGCACAUCCUCUUGAGCCAAUUUUAUUGUCAGAAAGAUCAAAAGAUCAACUCUCAGAGAGCUAUAAUGAGAUGACUACUAUAGACCAAGAAAUAUUGGUUACUGAAACUGAACCAAUGGUGGUGACUGCUGCACAAAGGCCAGACCAUGUUGCUGUGUUUGCAGACAAUAAUGAGAUUGAGGAGGAGAGAGUACCUGAGACGCCAACUUAUCUUGAUGGUAUUCAUGGUUUAAUUAAAAGUUUUUUUCUUGGAAGGAGAGAAUCGGGAACAGAGUCUCUAGAUGGAAGCGUUGCCGGUGAGUUUGAAGGAUGUGAUACAUUGACCGUAGAUCAGCUUAAAGCUGCUUUGAAGGCAGAACAAAAAGCUCUGAGUGCAUUAUAUACUGAGCUUGAGGAAGAGAGAAGUGCCUCUGCCAUUGCUGCAAACCAAACAAUGGCAAUGAUAACCAGGCUUCAACAAGAGAAAGCUGCUAUGCAGAUGGAAGCAUUGCAAUAUCAGCGGCUGAUGGAAGAACAGUCGGAUUAUGACCAGGAAGCAUUGCAACUUUUAAAUGAGCUGAUGAUGAAGAGGGAGAAGGAGAAACAAGACUUGGAGAAGGAGCUAGAAGUGUACAGAAAGAAAAUUCUUCGAUACAAGGCCAAGGAGAGGAGACAAACCGCAAAGCACAAGGUCAAUGGUAUUGCUGGAACAUUCUCUACUUCAUCAAGUGCUGAAGACAGUGAUGAUCUCUCCUUCGAGGUCCAUGAAGGGAACGGGUUUGCGUAUGAUCCUGAUGAAAACAAUCAAAAUACUCUUGUUGAUGAUGUGUUAAGUUCAGGGGCAAAUCAAGGCACUGCAACGCAUACAAUCACACUUAGGGAAUCGUUGGAUGAUUUUGAGGAAGAGAGGCUCUCAAUACUUGAGCAACUCAAGGCAUUGGAGAGUGAACUUCUGACAUUGGAUGAUGAAGACUCUCAUGAUUCAGAUGCCAUAGAGCAUAUUACGGAUGAAAGUUGUCAUGUUUCAAAUGGAAAUUAUGGACCUUCAGGUGAUGAUUUACAUGACGAUGCAAAUGGUUUGUCAGUUGAUCUAGAGGCUAGCAGGAACCUACAUGGUGAACAAAGAUCCUCGGGUUGUAACGGGAAGAGGCUUCUUCCUCUCUUUGAUGCCAUAAGCGAGGAAAACGAGGCGGCAGUUGAUGCUUCAACUAAAACAAAUUCAUAUCUUGCAGAGAAGCAAAAGAAGCUUGCAAUUGUGGAAGAGCUCGAUAACAUCCACGAGAGACUGCAUGCCCUCGAGGGUGAUAGAGAGUUUAUCAAACAUUGCAUCGGUUCCUUGAAGAAAGGAGACAAGGGAAUACAUCUUCUUCAAGAGAUAUUAGAGCACCUUCGUGAUCUGAGGAGCGUGGAACUCCGAGCGAGGAACUCAUGCAAUGCUCUUGUUUCAUUGAUGGCUUAGUAUGCAAAUGAUGAAGAUGGAGGCUACAUUAUUGGAGUGUGUUCCAGCGAGGAAGAUGGUCACACCAGGUGAAAUUGAGCUCCUGAUAUCUGUAUUUUGUUGGUGUCUUUGCAAGUGUAUAGAAGCAGACAAUGGAUGGAAGCUGCUUCUCCAGGCUAAGUUUUUUGUGGGCCAUUUCUCUGUUUUGUUUCCUUCUAUUUUUUUUGUUGUAGGGGUCCAUCACCAUUGCUGUGGAGCAAAGGGGGAUGAGGCAAAGAGGGGUGGUUGGGCAGCCACUCACAAUGUGAUUGUGGCAGAAAUCAUAGCUUCCAAAGCUGUACAAAGUCAUAUAUAUUUAUAUAUACAUAUAUAUUCCAGUGCCAGCUCCAAGUCCAGGUAUACAGCAGCAUAAAAGAGAGAGAGAGAGAGAGA